AUGUUCUUUUUUCUUGGGACAGGGACUGGUGCAUGGGAAAGUGCACUUACAAACACCUUGUCUCCUGGUGAUCGAAUUGUAUCGUUCCUGAUUGGCCAAUUCAGUUUGCUCUGGAUUGAUCAACAGCAGCGCCUUAACUUCAAUGUUGACGUUGUUGAAAGUGACUGGGGUCAAGGGGCAAAUCUUGAUGUUUUGGCCUCAAAGAUAGCAGAAGAUAAAGAACAUACCAUUAAGGCCAUUUGCAUCGUGCACAAUGAGACAGCAACUGGAGUGACCAACAACUUGGCCACUGUGAGAAAAAUACUCGAUCACUAUCAGCAUCCAGCACUAUUUCUGGUUGAUGGGGUAUCCUCCAUAUGUGCACUUGAUUUCCGCAUGGAUGAAUGGGGUGUUGAUGUGGCGCUCACAGGUUCACAGAAAGCUCUUUCUCUUCCAACUGGGAUAGGAAUCAUCUGUGCGAGUCCCAAGGCUCUAGAAGCCACUAAAACAGCAAAAUCAGUAAGAGUUUUCUUCGACUGGAACGAUUACUUAAAGUUUUAUAAGAUGGGAACAUAUUGGCCAUACACCCCUUCCAUCCAGCUUCUAUAUGGGCUUAGGGCAGCUUUGGAACUCAUUUUUGAGGAAGGACUUGACAAUGUAAUUGCAAGGCAUGGCCGCCUGGCCAAAGCAACAAGACUUGCAGUCGAGGCAUGGGGUUUGAAGAACUGCACCCAAAAGGAGGAAUGGUUCAGUGACACAGUCACUGCUGUGGUGGUUCCACCAUAUAUUGACAGCUCUGAAAUUGUUAAAAGAGCAUGGAAACGAUACAACUUAAGCUUAGGUCUGGGGCUUAACAAAGUAGCUGGUAAGGUUUUCAGAAUAGGGCAUCUUGGAAACCUGAACGAGUUACAACUACUAGGCUGUCUUGCCGGAGUGGAGAUGGUACUUAAGGAUGUUGGUUACCCCGUGAAGCUUGGUAGCGGCGUUGCAGCUGCUUCUGGUUACUUAUCCAACGCUACCCCCAUAAUUCCUUCAAGGAUUUGAUUCAAGAAUUUAAACAUGUAACUAUUUCUCUUCUUCUCAUAUGGUUUUACUGUAAAUAUCGCACAAUCCUGUCUUUGGCACUUGAGGCUAUGAAUUUCCAUCAGUGUUGUUCAUGUAUCUAAUCUUUGAACACAACCUUCGUUCUUCUUAUU